AUGGCUGCUGGUGUGAUGUUGGCUGCCCUCUUUGAUCUUGUACAGGAAGGGCAGGAGCAUGGUAUUGGAAAUUGGGUCAUGGAAAAAGGUUCUGAAAGUGGUGCUCUUACUCCAUCUUAUAAGGAGCAAACAUGGGGCGUUGAAAAUAAUGGGAACGAGUUCUCUAUUGGCACAAUGGAUAAGCUCAAAUUUGAUGAAAUAAACAACUCUAGGAAUAGUGAGCUAAUCAUUACUUCUGGCUACAUGAGCAACACUGGAGUAGUUAUGGAUGUUGUGACAAGAGCAGGGCAAUCUGGGAUUACUGAUGAUGUUCCAUCUUGCUUCACCUCACCAUCCACUAACUACUGCCCAAAUAUAGAAGAUCUUAUGUUUGCUGUCUAUGUGGUGAUGCAACGACGUGUUCGUUCAGAUGAACUUCUCAAAUCUUCAAGGAAAGAUAAAUCUGCUCUUUCAUUGGGUAGCAUCUUCACCAGGCUGAUCAACAGGAACACAACAAUUCCCAUUAAGAAGAGUCAAGUGUUCUCAAUAGCAGCUGACAAUCACACACAGGUUGGUAUCAAGGUACUACAAGGUGAGCGAGAGAUGGCAUCUGAUAACAAGCUCCUUGGUGAGUUUGAGCUUAUGGGCAUCCCACCAGCUCCCAGGGACAUGUCUCAGAUUGAAGUCACAUUUGAUAUUGACGCUAAUGGAAUUGUCACUGUGUCCGCCAAAGACAAGGCCCAGCGAAGGAACAACAAAUCACGAUCCGCUCAUCUGGUGGCCUUUCAGAAGAUGAGAUUGAGAAGAUGGGACAAGAUCCCAAGUGAUGUUGCAACUGAGAUCGAGUCAGCAGUUGCUGAAUUGAGGAAGGCAAUGUCAGUUCUCGCCCGUGCCUUUGCUGAAAUCCUACUUGAAGAAGACAAGAAAAGCUCAUUCGCCACCCUGAAAUCAAGCCCAAGCCCAGUAAGAGCUGGACUCAGUGGUGGACCGAGGCAGGCUUGUAACUGCAAGCCACUUUCGAAUGUUCUUUGA